AUCCAGUUUGGAUGAAAUGUAGUUAAGCUAAUAGCGUCACUAUUUGUAGCAAACCUACUGCAUUUAUGGUAUUUUAAUUAGCUUUUUGGUGCUUCAAAGUUCUGGCCACCAUUCACUUACAUUGUAGGACCAAAAGAGAAGAGAUAUUCUUCUUAAAAACUUAAUAUGUGUUCAACAGAAGAAAGAAAGUUAUACAUUUGGGAUGAGAGUAAUUGAUGAGAGCAUUUUUCAUUUUUGGGUGAACAAUACCAUUAACUCUUAGCUACAAUUAUAACUCCUCUGAAAAUAUAUAAUUAAGUUAAAAACACUAUCUUUUGGAAAAUAUCAUGUAUCAACCUUUUAAAUGUUAACUGUAAACAAACAUCUCUCAUAAUUUCUCGAAGCAUGGUGAGUAGCCAAUGUUCUCACCACCAGAUGGCUGUCUUUCUGCUUUUUUGAGACCAAACAUUAAAACCUCACACUUUAUAAUUCAAGACAAUGUUGCUUUCCACACACAACCUCCAAAAGCAACGUCAAACGGAUUCUUAACACCGAGAGGAUUUUGAUAAAUCAGAAAAGGGACUUUGGAACCAUGUAAGGAGCUUUUAUUUAUGCAUUCGUGACAGCUGUUUGGACAAAAAAAGAAAAAAGUAUAAUGUCCCUACUUAACAUUUGAGGAAGCGCGUGCCACAAUAGAUGGACAGAUAUUUUAAACCGUAUUAAUACAACUAUUGAUAACGGCGGGUCAUUGAUUAGCAACAACAGCGAUGAGGAGGAUACAAAUGAAUGUCGAACAUCUCUAAAGUGUUGUUCAAACUUGUUGGAGCGUUCAAACUUGUUGGAGCGUAUAAAAGGCAACAUUUUCGCACCUGAGAGUUAAAACAUCAUACCAUCAACUUCACACAUCCACAGUCAACUCAAAAUAACGUUUCUACCUGAUUUGUCUCGAGGGUUCCCAGCCAAUUCCAGCUUUUCAGAGCUUGACAGAUGAAAGAAAGUCAUACGUAUCUGGGAUGGCAUGAGGUUCAGAAUGGAUUCACUGAGAUAUGCCAGAGAUUGCAUGUACAUUGCAUGCCUUUGCUUCUUCUGGGGGAGUGCAGCAGACCAACCCAGCCUGACAAGGCACCUACAGUCUGCCAAUGAAUUGUCCGACCUAUGUGGUAUCGAUGAGCUUCUUUGCCAGGAUGAGAAUGCUUUGCUGAGUUUUGAGGCCAUCCGCAGCAUUCACAAAGACAUGGACGAUGAUGCAGACGGCAGUGUGGAUGUGACAGAAACGGAUGGGUUUCUGAGGGAGGACUUGAAAUACCACGACCCCAAAAUGAAACACAACAACUUCCAUAGAGCCGAUCUGCUGAUCACAGUGGAGGACAUGUGGAACUCCUGGAAGGCCUCAGAAGUGUAUAACUGGACAGUAGAGGAAGCUGAGGCAUGGCUCAACAGCUGUGUGGAGUUACCACAGUAUGCUGAUUCCUUCAGGAAAAAUAGCAUCAGCGGCAAAGCCCUUCCCAGACUUGCAGUUAAAAACGCCACCCUGCUUCUGACCGUGCUGAAGAUACCGGACCGCAGUCAUGCACAGAAACUGCAUCUGAAGGCUCUGGAUACAGUCCUCUUUGGACCUCCUCUAAUGAGCAGGCACAGUCACUUAAAGGAUUUAAUGCUGGUUGUGUCCAUCGUGAUUGGAAUGGGGGGCUGCUGGUUUGCCUACAUCCAGAACCGAAACUCCAAAGACCACAUGGGCAAGAUGAUGAAAGACCUAGAUGGGCUACAGAAAGCUGAGCAGAGCCUCAUGGACCUACAGCAGAAGCUGCAGAUCGCACAGGAAGAGCACCGCACGGUGGAGUUUGAAAAGGUCAACCUGGAGCAUGAGUUACGAAACGAGAUAAAUGCAGCCAAGCAGGAGGCACAAAGACUCAAAGAACUGCGUGAGGGCACGGAGAACGAGCUCAGCAGACAGAAAUAUGCAGAGGAAGAGUUGGAACAGGUGCGCAUGGCUUUGAAGAAGGCAGAGAGAGAGCUGGAGUCUAGGAGCAGCUGGUCUCCUCCUGAAGCUCUGCAGAAAUGGCUACAGCUCACUCAUGAGGUGGAGGUGCAGUACUACAACAUAAAGAAGCAGAAUGCUGAAAGACAACUCAUCAUGGCUAAAGAAGGGGCAGAAAAGAUUAAGAAGAAGAGAGGAACGCUGUUUGGAACAUUCCAUGUGGCUCACAGCUCUUCAUUGGAUGACGUUGAUCACAAAAUCCUGACAGCCAAACAGGCUCUGGGUGAGGUCACUGCCGUUUUAAGAGAAAAGCUCCAUCGCUGGCAACAGAUCGAGAUUCUGACGCAUUUUAAUAUUGUAAAUAACCCUGGAAUGUCCUCUCUGGCCGCUGCCCUAAACCUGGACCCUGCUUUCCUGGGCAUCCGCCCCACCACGCCCCAGCACCUGCUGCUCUCUGAUGACAUAGACGAUAUGGACGAGGACAUACUUUCCCCAGGAACCUUGCAAUAUGCCGCCUGGCAGAUGGACCGGCGAGUGAGUGACCUUUGGCCUGUGGGCUCCGAGAGCCAAUCCCUGUGGAAACAUUCUGCUCCCAGCCUGAUGUCUCUCCGGCCGCAACACGGAGACCCCAUGCUGAACCUGAGCUCACAGAGGGAUCUGAACCGGUCAGAAUCGGAUUCCUCCUUAUCGCUGUCUCACCCAGCUGGGGACACGUUGCGCUACUCUUCUACCCCACUGUACAAUAAACUUUCCAGAUCCAAUGGGGGUUCCUCAACAGACAGCCCCCUACUGCAGAAAAAGACCUUUGGCAUGGAGAAGUGUGCCAGUCUUGGAGAAAUCCACUCUCAACCAUCCAGCCUCACUUCAGUUGAGUCCACACGCUCUCUCUUCUAUACCUCUGCAGAACCGGACGGCCCCUCGGUGAAGAGCAGCAGUCGUGUCACUCAAAUCCCAGUCAAGAAGAACCUGGUGGAUGUGGACAGUGGAUCCACAGGGGAAGACACUGAGAGCUCCAGCACUGGCCGCUUGAAGCCCUCCUUUCCCAGAAUCUUUAGAAAACCAAAGAAAUAACAACAGCAAUGGAAUCCACCAUUCAAGGCCUUUUUGCCUUUUCUGUUGUAAGAGAGUAAUGUAAAUUAAUUAUUGUUUUACAGUCACACAUAAAUGGACUAAGGGGUCAUAAAGACAGAACGCAGUGCAACAAAUGGAAAUUAAAUCCUAGUGUCUCGAGACACGUUUUUAAAUCAAGUUAUUUUUAACAGCGUCUAAAUAACAUGCCACUCCUGCACGAGUUGCUGAAAAAACAAAGAUUCGUCGCAAUGGCCAAAGACAUCCGUCUAGUGCAUGUUUACAUAGAGGCAAAAACACAUUUGGUGUUAAAGGAAUAGUCCUGGUUCAAUACACAUUAAGCUCAAUCGACAGCUUUUGUGGCAUAAUGUUGAUUUUUAGUCUCCUCUGUCCUAGUCUUAAAAAAUAAAAGAAAUCAAAGGUGCAGUGAACCUGGAAGAUUCCUUUAACACUAGCACAGUGGUACAUUUUAACCUCUUCACUGGGUGCAUCUUUUCAAAUAAUUUUAUUCUUUAGAUUAUAUAGUUUGUGUUGACCAACAGAACAGAAACAGUCAUUUGUUGGGAACAGGUAUGAUGAUCACUGUAAAUGUAUUUAUAUAGUUAACUGAACAUAAGGGCACUUGAUUGCAUGUCUAUUUUUAUUAUAAGCAGUUUGAGUUUUCACUCUCCAUGGCCUGAUUUAUAAAUGCUGAAGUGCAUGCAAAUGACUCCGCCUGCUCUUUGCCAUGUUGUUUUGCAUAGGAUUUGCCUGGACUUCUUUUGCCUUUCCAUGUGGUGCUGCAAUGCUUCUAUGCAACUCAGUAUUGUUGCCAGGGUAACAAUUCAGCCACAAAUAUUAUUACCGUCUGUAUCUUUAGAAAGUCUUUGUAAGAGACAUCAGAAUACUUAAAUAGACAUAGCACAUCCACCUAUUAAAAAAAAAAAAAAAAAAAACACUGAAUAAAAUGAUAUAACUGGACUGCCAGUUUGAGUAUGCAGCAUCUAUGUACUUGUAUUUUCUGACGGUUGUGGGUGAUGAAUAUAUCCUUUAUUUUGCAUUUUACUGCUGUUACCAAAAUGGUUUAUGGUCUAUGGUUAUCACUGUAAAUGCACUGCCAAAUGUUUUUGCAGUGUACUCCCUAUUUGUGUUAACAGAUAUGUAGGUCUCCUACUCAUCUCUGUCUCUCCUGGUCUGCAGGUUACUAAAGUCCUUCAUUAAAAUAAAAAAAAAAAAUACUGAAAUUAAAAGGGAGGGGUGUUUUGCAAAUAAAAAAAGGAAUGUUCAAAUA